GACGCCAGCGGGGGGUAACGUUAGCGGCUAAAGUUACAUCGGGUAACGCGUGCUAGCUAAUGUUAGCAGCUAAGGCUACACAGAGUGCUCAAACGGCAGCUUUCGCUAGCAGCCAAAAGCUAAACUAAGCCAAGGCGGGGAAACGGACGAGCGGCUAGCCAUGUUCGGCUGCUUGGUGGCCGGCCGACUGGUGCAGACCGACGCUGUCCAGGUGGCCUCGGACAAAUUCGUCUUCAACCUGCCAGACUACAAGAGCGUAAACCACGUGGUGGUGUUCAUGCUGGGCACCGAGCCGUUCCCGGCUUGCAUGGGCGGCGCGGUAUACUUCUCCUUCCCGGACGCAGGAAGCGGCGAGCCGGUAUGGCAGCUGCUCGGCUUCAUCGCCAACGAUAAGCCCAGCGCCAUCUUCAAGAUCUCGGGCCUGACUCAGGGCCGGGGCGGGGUACACCCCUUUGGCGGAAUGGCCUCGGCCGCUCCCUCCGUGGCGCAGGUCGGCGUGUCGGUGGAGCCGCUGGAGCAGCUGGCGCAGCAGACGCCGGUGUCCGGGGCGGCGGUGUCCACCGCGGACGCGCUGCGGCUCUUCACGCAGAAGAUGCUGGAUAGUUUGUACAACUUCGCGUCGUCGUUCGCCGUGACGCAGGCGCAGAUGACGCCCAACCUCAGCGAGACCUUCGUGCCGUCCAGCUGCAUCCUUAAGUGGUACGACAACUUCCAGAGGCGCAUGAACCAGAACCCCAAUUUUUGGAAGAACUGAACUCACGGACCGUUUGCUUUCGUUCGUUUCCCCCGAAGGACAACUUGAAGGAAUCACGAGCGACAUAUCCUGUUUAUGUUGAUUAUUUAACUACAAAUGCGUCAACUUAGUAUCGUGUCAAAAGAAUAAGCUAUCUUAAUUAAGCUUGCAUUCAAUCCAUGUGAGAAAAGUCUGAGCUAUGAAAGCUUAAAUACUGUAUGUUGGGGGAGCCGAGCACACAGUGCAAGAGGCUCAUUUGCAAUUGCUUUGUUUCUUGGCAAAUCUUGCUUGGUUUAAGUAAAUCGCAAUCUUUUGAUGUCU